UAAGAACGCAUGCGCAAAAGAACGUAAACAACACACCAAAUCAGGGAUUCUGGAAGUUGGUGACUGUUCUAGGAUGAUGAUAUGUUGAGAUGGAGGAGUUGAUUGAUUGAGAAAAUAUUGAUAUAGUAAUGGAUGCCAGCAAAUUUUUUGAGAAGUUUGAGAAUUCAAGUCGUACAAAUGUAUCGGACUUGGUUCAGGUUGGCAGCUUCCUGGAAGCUUGUGGUCAACUCCUAGAACAUGAGGAUCUUCUUCCAAGUAGCUUCAACUUCGGGCCUGAAAAUGAGGAUGAAGAGGAGAAGCAAAAAAAGUCAGAAAUUGGACAGAUGAUGGAUGUUCCAGAUACAACUCUUAAUGAACUUGAGAUUGUUUGCAGCCCCGAAAAAUUGAUGUCUGGUACAUCAGCUGAUGACAUGUGCUUCCAUGACAUUUCCUCAUCCCUUCCCAAAGGUGGUGAACACUUGAUGUGUUUGAGAUUGCGAAAAGAGGAAAAGGUGAAGAGGACAGCAGUCCAUUCAAACUACCACAAAAAUAGCUUUGACAUUAGACACGGAGCAAAGGAUUCUCAGAGAGAGAUCAAAGGCUCUAAGUUCUUAAACCAUCCACAAGUUGUAGUGUCUAUCGUAUUUCUAGAGAAAAGUAUAAAGUGUAAGGUAGACAGAGAAAUACUGGUGCUACCAGAGCAGACUUUAUCAGUGCUGUUGGAUAAAUUAGUAUGUGUUUCUGAUCUUCAAGUUCCUAAUGAGUUUAGCGACACUCCUGAUCUGCCACAAGACACUCGCUUUAAAUCACUUUUCAAGUCGUCCUUCUUCUUUAUUGAGGACACAUUUUAUAAUGACCGCAGUGAUCCUUUGUGUACUGAUCUCAGUCAGCCAAUAAUUAACUGGGCACAAGAACACAGUGUACCAGGAGCAGAAUCCUUCAGAUCUGCUGACAUGGAUGAAAUCACCAUUGGUAGUUUAAAGGUGCGGCUUGGUUACCCAUAUCUUUACCGACAUCAAGGAGAUUGUGAACAUAUCUUUAUGUUUACAGAUAUAAGGUUGCUUCACAAUAAUGACAACCAGGACCUUGAUGCUUAUCCCCUUGUUGUAUACAAGCACCUCCGCUAUUUGAACACCUGCCAGAUAUGCAACGAACAUGCUGCAAAGUGGCUUACCAAGGAGGACACACAUAUAUCUACAGACCCAGGGUUCUUUUGUGAACGUUGCUUCAAAAUGCUUCAUUACAAUAAAGAUGGCCAAAAGAAAGGCAGUUUUCUGGCAUAUCCAUACAUGGACAUUGGUGUAUAUAACUGAUAUUAUUGUCAUUUGCUUUGUGGGUUUACAUGGACAUUGGUGUAUAUAACUGAUAUUAUUCUCAUUUGCUUUGUGGGUUUACAUGGACAUUGGUGUAUAUAACUGAUAUUAUUCUCAUUUGUUUUGUGGGUUUACAUGGACAUUGGUGUAUAUAACUGAUAUUAUUCUCAUUUGUUUUGUGGGUUUACAUGUACAUUGGUGUAUAUAACUGAUAUUAUUCUCAUUUGUUUUGUGGGUUUUUAUGAGGGAAGAUUAAAAUAAGUUGUUUAGCUGCUCUCCUCCGGAAAACAUCUGGUGAUAGUUGGGUUGUAAAUCUGUUGUUAUUGUCCUCGUACUAUGACAUAGAUGUAGUCUUGGGAAAAUUUAGUUCAAUUAAAUUACAAUAUCAACAUACAAAGUUACCAACCAUCUCGCAUCAUGCGGGUCCGUCCUGCAUUUCAAAGUGAUUAUGGUUGAAACACAUGUGCGAUAAUAAAUUUGUCGCGCCUUUAGCACAGGUUUAUGAGUGAUAACAAAUUCAGGGGAAAAUCUAUUUAAAAUUCAAUAAAUUGGUUUAAUUAAAAAUAUAAAAAUAGUCAUGCAGUAACUUGAGUCAUGGAACAGUAUCAGUGAUGUGUUAUUAAAAAUUAAUCAGUA